ACCUUCCACCUCCAAAGGUUGCCAUUGAAAUGAUCAAAUCCAUGAAAGCCGGCAGAGUGAAGCUCUAUGAUGCUAACCAUGAAAUCUUGAGCCUUUUGUCAGGGACAAAGAUUCAAGUUUCAAUUAUGAUACCCAAUAAUGAAAUUUCAGACAUUGCCAACAACCAGACAAGAGCUGACCAAUGGGUUCUAGACAACGUUGUCCCUUUUUAUCCUGGUACCAUGAUUCGCUUUAUUCUUGUCGGUAAUGAAGUUUUGAGCUAUGAUUCUUAUGGGGAUCGUCUAGUUUGGAAUGACCUUGUGCCGGCCAUGAGAAGGGUUUGGCGAUCCCUUGUAGCUUUGAACUUGCAGAUCAUUAGAGUUGGAACUCCGGUGGCUAUGGACGUUUUGGAGACUGCGUUUCCGCCCUCUAGAGGGAUGUUUAGAUCAGAUAUUCGGUGGACCAUGGUGGCUCCGAUGUUGGAGUUCUUGGAUGAGUCGAGGUCUUCCUUGUUCAUCAAUGCAUAUCCAUAUUUUCCGUGGUCAGCAAACCCCAUGGAUAUCAACUUAGAUUUUGCCCUUUUCAAUGGAAACCUUGAACAGAUCGACAGGGGAAGUGGGCUUGUUUAUACUAAUCUUUUGGAUGAAAUGCUUGAUUCUUUCAUCUUUGCAAUGGCUAAACUUGGCUACCCAAAUAUUCGGCUCGUCAUAUCGGAGACCGGGUGGCCGACCGCCGGAGAUAUCGAACAACCAGGCGCCAAUCUCCUUAAUGCGGCGACCUAUAAUCGAAAUCUAGUAAAGAGGGUAAUGACGAAGCCGACAUUAGGAACACCGGCGAGACCAGGGGUGGUGAUACCGACGUUCAUAUUUUCUUUGUUCGACGAGAACCAAAAGCCAGGGCCGGGGACGGAGCGACAUUGGGGGCUGUUGAGGUUCGACGGUAGUCCAAACUACCAAAUCGACUUGACAGGAAAGAAACCAUCGGUUGAUUAUGAUCCUCUACCGGUGGUGGAGAACAAUGUGCCGUUUCGGGGGAGACUGUGGUGCGUGGCGGCGAGAGGGGUGGAUCCGAUGGAGCUGCAGGCAGCAAUAACGGAGGUGUGCGGCGGAGGAGACGGGAGUUGUGAGGUGCUGUGGCCGGGGAGGGAGUGCUAUGAGCCGGUAUCGGUUUAUUGGCAUGCAAGCUAUGCUUUUAGUUCAUAUUGGUCGAAGUUUAGGAGCCAAGGAGCAAGCUGCCAUUUCAAUGGACUUGCUCAAGAGACAACAAUUGAUCCGAGUAACGGUUCGUGCAGGUUCCCGAGUGUGACUUUCUAAAGGGGACUAUUUUUCCUUUUUCUUUUCAUUUCUCCACUCUCUUAAUAUUGAUAUGACUUGUUUGAAGGUUUAAGAAUGGUUCACGUAUGCAUGCUGCAUAGAGCGACUGACGUUUUUUAAAAAAUAAUUUAAAAAGAAGUU